GAGCGGUGCCGGAGGUCGGUGCUGCGCGGAGAAGCGGCCCGAAGCUCGGCGGUCCUCGCUUGCAUUUAAGCCCAGCGCUUGAUGGAGGGGCGGGCUCGCCGGUGCUUAAUGCAGUCUCGCUAGUGCAGGAAAACGGCUCAGUUCACCGCUGCCGAGAUGAAGUAUAAGAAUCUUAUGGCCCGAGCCUUGUACGACAAUGUCCCAGAGUGUGCCGAGGAGCUGGCUUUCCGCAAGGGAGACAUCCUGACUGUCAUCGAGCAGAACACAGGAGGACUGGAGGGAUGGUGGCUCUGCUCCUUACACGGCCGGCAGGGCAUUGUCCCCGGCAACCGGGUGAAGCUUCUGAUUGGCCCAGUGCAGGAGACCUCCUCCAAUCAGGACCUGCCCACUUCGGGACUGGGGCCACCGCCAUUUGGCCAACAGAAGCUCUAUCAAAUACCAAACCCACAGGGCGCCCCUCGAGACACCAUCUACCAAGUGCCGCCUUCCUACCAAAAUCAGGGAAUUUACCAAGUCCCCACCGGCCAUGGGACCCAGGAACAAGAUGUGUAUCAAGUGCCACCCUCAGGGCAGAGAGGCGCUGGGGGCGCUAACGGUCCCCACCUAAGUAAAAAGGUGAUCACGCCGGUUAGGACAAGCCACGGCUAUGUGUACGAGUACCCGACCAGAUAUCAAAAGGACGUCUACGAUGUCCCUCCUUUCCAGACGGCUCAUGGGGUGUACGACAUCCCGCCAUCCUCUGUGAAGGGCCCCGUGUUUUCUGUCCCCGUGGGAGAGAUAAAGCCUCAAGGGGUCUAUGACAUCCCUCCUAGCAAAGGGGGAUACUCCACUCCACCCUCCGGCUACAGAGACGAGGCCGGGCUCCGGGAGAAAGAGUAUGACUUUCCGCCUCCAAUAAGACAAGCGGGCAGGCCCGAGGGCGUCUAUGACAUCCCCCCGAUGGGCACCAAGCCCCUGGGGAAGGACCUGCACCCUAAGUACAACGGCGACGCCCCCGGAGCUGCUGAGCUGGCCCCACGGAGACACGGCGCGUCCCUGACCGAGCCGGCCCCCAAGCCGGGCCCACCCGUGGGCUCCCAGAACAACGAUGCCUACGACAUCCCCCGGGGUGUCCAGUUUCUGGAAGCACCAGCAGAGACCAGCGAGAAGGCCAGCCCGGAAGAGAGGGACGGGGUGUACGACGUGCCGCUGCACCAGCCGCCGGAAGCCAAGGGCCCUACGGACGUGGUGGACGGCAUCAACCGGCUGUCCUUCUCCAGCACGGGCAGCACGCGGAGCACCAUGUCCACGUCCUCCACCACCUCCAAGGAGUCCUCGCUGUCUACCUCCCCGGCGCAGGACAGAAGGCUCUUCCUGGACCCUGACGCAGCCCUCGAGCGGCUGCUCCGGCUGCAGCAAGCCCUGGACGGGGCCGUCUCCAGCCUGAUGGCGCUGGUCACCACCGACUGGCGGAGCUACGGCUACAUGGAGCGGCACGUCAACGGGGUCCGCGCCGCCGUGGACAGGGUGGAGCUGGCCCUCAGGGACUACCUGCACUUCGCGCAGGGCGCCGCGGCGAACGCCGCCUGCCUCCCCGAGCUUGUCCUCCAUCACAAGGUGAAGCGCGAGCUCCAGAGGCUGGAGGACUCCCGCCAGAUCCUGGGCCAGACCAGCCAUGAGCUGAGCGAGUGCGGCUGGUCCCUGAACGUGCUGGCCGUCCACAAGCCCCACAACAAGUGGGACAGCCUGGACCGCUUCGUGAUGGUGGCCAAGACCGUGCCGGACGACGCCAAGCAGCUCACCACAACCAUCAGCACCAAUGCCGAGGCCCUCUUCAGACCCAGCCCCGGAAAGGGCGGGCCGGAGAGCGUCACGAACUCCACCGAGUACCCGCCCGCCGGCUCCCCGGGGCAGCUGCUGCCCGCCGGGGACCACAAGGCCCCCGCCCUCAACAAGCCACUGCUCCCCAGCCUGGGCAAGGAGCAGCCCCACGACUGUAGCAGCAGCGAUGGCUCUGAAAGGAGCUGGAUGGAUGACUAUGACUAUGUCCACCUGCAGGGGAAGGAGGAGUUCGAGAGGCAACAGAAAGAGCUCUUGGAAAAAGAAAAUAUCAUCAAACAGAAUAAGAUGCAGCUGGAACAUCAUCAGCUGAGUCAGUUCCAGCUGCUGGAACAAGAAAUCACAAAGCCCGUGGAGAACGACAUCUCCAAGUGGAAGCCGUCCCAGAGCCUCCCGACCACCAGCAGCGGCGUGAGCGCGCAGGACCGGCAGCUCCUCUGCUUCUACUAUGACCAGUGCGAGACCCACUACAUCUCCCUGCUCAACGCCAUCGACGCGCUCUUCAGCUGCCUCAGCUCGGCGCAGCCCCCGAGGAUCUUCGUGGCCCACAGCAAGUUUGUCAUCCUCAGUGCCCACAAACUGGUGUUCAUCGGAGACACGCUGACCCGGCAGGUGGCCGCCCAGGACGUUCGCAACAAAGUGAUGAACUCCAGCAACCAGCUGUGCGAGCAGCUCAAGACUAUAGUUUUGGCCACCAAGACGGCCGCGCUCCACUACCCCAGCACCCCCGCCCUGCAGGAUAUGGUCCACCAGGUGACCGACCUGUCCAGGAACGCACAGCUCUUCAAGCGCUCUCUGCUGGAGAUGGCCACGUUCUGAGCGGAGACGCAGGAAAGGGAGCACUGCCUUGGGUUACUGAGGAAAACUGGAAAACACUCUCUGGUUUUUGUAAAUCUUGUCUAUUUUUGUAGAUAUUUUUGUAUAAAAGUGAAAGACUUUCACAUUUCAUGGGUUAGAUGGCAUUCAGAAAUUCAGGGAACUCCGGGGGGGUGGUGUGUGGCCUUUUUCCCCCCCAUGUUGUUCUUAUGUAUACACAUAAGCAUCUGAGACACCAAUUGUACAGAAUCUUAUCCACGUGUGUGUGACUACGUGUUCACGUUCGUUUGUAGAUGUUUGUCUGAUACAUUCCAUUAAGAACCAUGAGAUAAGAAGCACCUUAGGAGGCACCUCCCAAUGCUGCAUUUUCUUUUCAGAAAAACCUACCAGCUGGUUGUAAUAUUGCUCUACAUAUACUCGUGAUUGUUCCGAGCCUGUCACUCCCAAGUCUGAGACACACAGUACAGUGUAUUUGCAAGUGUUCACCUUCCAUAAGGAGGCGGGUUAAUACCUUGUUUUCCUUUUUGAAAGCCCUUCCAAAAUUGGCCGUCUCGGACGUGUUAUUGCAAGAUGCCUCACUUCUGGUUGAAAAAAACCCUCUUAGAAAGUUUCAGAAAGUCUUGAUAUAUCUUAACCCAAACUCUGACACAUUAGGUGCCAGAGGAGAGACACGUGUGUUUUGAGGCCGCUUCCUGAUUAGCGCUGGGUUGUUUCAACACAGGACGCUGUCCCAACAAAAGGGGACCAUGUGUUCCCCAAAGACUUUCUUUUGUGGCCCCACCAGGUGGCAUGUGGGAUCUUAGUUUCCAGACCAGGGUUGGAACCCAUGCCCCCUGCAUGGGGAGUUCAGAGUCUUGAACCACUGGGCCACCCAGGAAGUCCAUCCCCAGGGCUUUUUGAUCAUCGGCAUUUAUGAGUAAUCUGGCCAUGAGAUUUUCCAAAGGACAUUUUCAGAUUUGCAAAAAAGCAUAUUGUUUGCAGCAGGAAUUCCUAAAAACACAUUGGGCAAUGAUCAUCCACAAAAGAAGGACGGUUCCACCUGAGUUGUAAGCGGAGGCCUUUCUGACUGUCGUCAUCCUCUUCGGUGCUGCUAUCCCUGGUACCUGAGGGAAGCUGGCCAGUUCCUCAAUCACCUAAAGGUUAGAGACGCCAGGCUACAAUCUUACUCUUAAGAGAAGUCGUGGCUUGACCCUGUACCCUCCCUAAAACGUGCACACGCAGACCCAGCGCUCAGAGCAGCUGUCAGGAGCCCAUCUAGGCUUUACAGCUCUGUCUGCCCAAUGACCCCGUGAACAGCUCAUUCACUGUCCCCCAGCUCAGCACAGCAUCCAUUCCACAGUCUGUCCUCUGAUACAUGCUGGGGUUGGCACAGCACAAACGCAUCACAAGCCAUCGGAUUCAUCAUGGGGCAGAUGAAACCCUUCCAACCCAAUGGAUAAAUGUGUUCACAUAUCACCAAGUCAAGAAGCAAGUUAUUUAUGGUUUAUCAGUCCAGUUUUCAUUUAAUGAUCCCACUCCAGUCAAUUGGAAAAUGUUUGAUUUGCAAUAUAUGCCUUGACUUAAUUAAGCUUGCUUGCUUUAGACAACCAAAUUAUUGGAACAGGAGAGGAUUUAGGAGAGAAGGAUAUAUGAUUUAAGUGGGAUUAAAGAAAAAAUCAGUGAAACUUACCCAGGAGGUGCUUUUUCAGAACCAGUGUUGUAGUUCUCAACAUUCUAUUCUGCCAAAAGAAGUCGGAUUGCUGUAGGACAAGCAAGUGUGUGUGGAGGAAGGGGGUUGCUAAAAAUCAGCAAUGAGUUUGAAAAAGUGUCCUUGUAGAUUUCAUUGUAUCAUGUGUAUUUCUUAGGAGAUGACUUGUUCUAUGCUAAGAGGCGACAUUUCAUGUUUUCAAAACCAAAAUGUUCAAUCUGUGUUAAUCUCUUUCCCGUACUAUAUGUAGAGGCUAUUUUUAAAUCAUUAAAAUUUUGGAUGU